UUUGUUUUUUCUUUCCUUCGCUGCCUCUCCCCAACAACAAACAGACGCAGACGCAGACAAGACGAAUCUCACACACAACCGACAACCAGCUCCCCUCCUCCUUCCUUGCUUGCUCUUUUGUGUGCAUAUCAGCCAGCCGCCUUCCCUCUCUCUCCCUCUCUCUCUCUCUCUCGAAGCCGCACCCCCUUUGUUUCCUCACGCAACCGGUGUCGUCGUUCUCCUUCCACACGACCGACCACGUGACGCCUCCCCUGUGGUGGUCGCGCUUUCCCUCUUCCCACACUCUCCACAUCGACAUCACAAAACACAAUCAUGGCCUUUCCCAUGGACACAAGCAACCUGGAGGCCGACCUUCAGAAGUACCUUGCCGAUCACAAUGUUGAGGCGUUGUUGAAAGACAUUGUCGUCAAGCUGUGCGUUGACAAGCCAGACGAUGUGCUGGAGUACAUCAAGAACCACGUCACAAAGCUCCAACAGCAGUCAAAGGGCGAUGAGACAGAUGAGGACGACGACAUGGAUGACAUGGACAUGGGCGACCUGCCACCGCGCGGGCGAUCGCGCCGUGCCGCCAUCUCCGCCUCGGUCAUGACCGCUGAUGACGUCGAGGGCUACGAGCGCAAGGUGAUUCCCAAGGACGCUGCGACAAUGCUGCGUCUGCAGCGCGCCGUCUCAGAGAACAUCCUCUUCCAGCAUCUUGAGCAGGAGGAGCUGUCACAGGUGCUCGACGCCAUGUUCCUCGUCAAGCGCAAGGCCGGCGAGACGGUCAUUGAGCAGGGUGACGAGGGCGACAACUUCUAUGUUGUUGAUGAGGGCGAGCUUGAGGUGUGGAAGGUUGAGCAGGAGGGCGAGGAAGCGAAGAAGGUGCUUGAGCUGAGCCAGGGUGGCAGCUUUGGCGAGCUCGCCCUCAUCUACAACCAGCCCCGCGCCGCCACCGUCAAGUGCCGCACAGACUGCCAGCUCUGGGCCAUUGACCAGGAGACGUACCGUCGCAUCUUGAUGAGCAGCACCGUGAAGAAGCGCAAGGAUUACGAGGAGUUCCUCUCAAAGGUUGAGCUUCUGUCGAGCAUUGACAAGUACGAGCGGCUGCAGAUUGCCGAUGCGCUCAUCCCGUGCACGUUUUCGGACGGCGAGAGCAUUGUCAAGCAGGGCGAGGAAGGCAACGACUUUUACAUUAUUGUCGACGGCGAGGUGGUGGUGACGCAGCAGAACGACAAGGGCGAGACUGGCGAGGUGGGCCACCUUGGCCGCGCCGACUACUUUGGCGAGAUUGCCCUGCUCAAGGAUAACAAGCGUCACGCAACGGUCACAGCCAAGGGCGACGUCAAGUGCGUCAAGCUGGAUCGCGACACCUUUGAGCGCAUGCUCGGGCCCGUCGAGGACAUUCUCAGAAGGAACAUGGACCUCUACAAAACGUUCAUGGGCAACGACGAGUAAAUGCCUGCCAUCAACCAACAACAACGAUGAUCCUUCCCAAAUCACACAUGCACCGCAAUCCAGCAUGCAUGCAUGCAUGCAAUUCGUGCCUCUCGUUCUUCCUUUGACACGGGCGUGCGCUGCUUGGUGAUGGUGCUGGCUCUUUUACACGUCGAUUUUUCGUUUGCGCGUGUUCAUUUGUUCUCUCUUCGUUGUGUGUAAAUGCACGUUCGCAUCGCCGUUGUAUGCGCUGCACUGUUGUAUGCGCUGCACUGUUCCUUGUCCCACGCCAUCAUUGCCCUGCCUGCAUGUGAGUGCUGCUGCGUUUCUCCCCUGCGCUGUUCGUUUGUUGCCAACGCGUUUUCCUUUCUGCUCGUUGUUGCUGCUGGUGGUUGGUUGGUUGGUGUGCGAGGUUUUGUUUGUGCUUCGAUCUUGUUCCAUGUUCUCUUUUUCCUUUCCAUGUUUUGCCAUUCGUUCUUGUUUGCGCUUUGUUCACCUCAUGUCACACUCGAACAUUGCAACUGACAAAGUG